AUGGCCUCCCCGCGCCUCGGCACCUUCUGCUGCCCCACGCGGGACGCCGCCACGCAGCUCGCGCUGGGCUUCCAGCCGCGGGCCUUCCACGCGCUGUGCCUGGGCAGCGGCGCGCUCCGCCUGGCGCUCGGCCUCCUGCUGCUGCGGCCCGGGCGCCGGCCCGCCCGCCCCGGGGUCGCCUUGGCCCCCGCCGCGGACCUCGGCCCGCGGCCCGCCUCCGUGCGCAUCGUGCGCGCCGCCACCGCUUGCGACCUGCUCGGCUGCCUGGGUAUCGUGGUCUGGUCUGCGGUGUGGUUAGGGUUUCCGAGUUUCGUGGACGACAUCUCCACCAUGAACAGGACAGACGUGUGGCCAGCUGUCUUCUGCAUGGGGAGUGCACUCUGGAUCCAGCUACUGUACAGCGCUUGCUUCUGGUGGUUGUUCUGCUAUGCGGUGGACGUCUACCUGGUGAUCCGGAGGUCGGCGGGACAGAGUACCAUCCUGCUGUACCACCUGAUGGCCUGGGGCCUGGCUGCCCUGCUGAGCAUGGAGGGAGCCCUGAUGCUGUACUAUCCUUCCAUGACCAGGUGUGAGAGGGGCCUGGAGCACGCCAUCCCCCACUACAUCACCACGUACUUGCCGCUGCUACUGGUCCUCGUGGGCAACCCCAUCCUAUUCCGAAAGACAGUGACUGCAGUGGCCUCCUUACUGAAGGGAAGACAAGGCGUUUACACGGAGAACGAGAGACGCCUGGGAGCCGUGAUCAAGACCCGAUUCUUCAAAAUAAUGCUGGUUUUCAUCGUUUGCUGGUUCUCAAAUGUCAUCAAUGAAAGCCUUUUGUUCUAUCUUGAAAUGCAACCAGAUAUCAACGGGAGCUCUUUGAAACAGGUCAGAAAUGCAGCCAAGACCACAUGGUUCAUGAUGGGGAUCCUGAAUCCAGCCCAAGGUUUCCUCUUGUCCCUGGCCUUCUACGGCUGGACAGGCUGCUGCCUGACGCUUCCAGGUCCCACCAAGGAGAUCCCAUGGGACUCGAUGACCACCUCGGCCACCGAGGGGGAUCCCCCGUCCCCCGGGGGCCCCCACAAGCCCGCGGAAAGCCCCACUCCCAAGAAGGAGCUUCCAGGCGGCGCACACACUUCCGACGAGGCCUUGAGCCUGCUGUCUGAAGGCCACGGUUCCGAUGGCAGCACCAUCGAAAUCCACGUCGCAAGCGUGUCCCGCAGCGGCAAGGCGGCGGACUCUGUUCCGCAAGUCCGAGGAGACGCGUAG